AUGGCUUCCGAAGUGGCGUACAUGCACCCAGCCCCGGCUGUCGAGUCGCUCGUGAAGGAUACCCACGCUGCGUUCACUGAGCCCUUUGCCCACGAUGCCGUUCGCGCCAUCAUCUCGCAGAAGAUUUCCAAUCUCAUCCUUCUGCCGGAGACUGAUUUGGAUGGAAACCAGCUUCUGAAUGAGGCUGGGAUGGGUUCCAUGCUGACUGCCGAGCUUCGCAUCUUCAUCCACCGCACUUUCGAAGUCGACGUUCCCUUCGACGUGCUUUUCAAGAAGGCAACUUUGAACAGUUUGACCGACAUGAUCGCCCGGGAUUUGCAGGCUAGUGCUUAG